UUUUGGGCAGCAGAGGGGUCGCUCCUGAGGGCUCCCCCACACUCCCUGAGGAGAAGCGAGGCCCUGAGCGGCGCCGCCCGCCUCGGGACGUGGCAGCGCCCAUGGCGGGCGGGGCUGAGGCGGCGCCAGGUGAGCGCUCCCCGUACCUGCGCCACGUGGGGGGCGGGCAGCGAGCGCCGCGGCCCCAAACUCGCCCGCAGCCAUUUGCCAGCUUCCCAGGGGUGCAGGCAGCCCUCUGCCUCCCCCUCGGGAAGGAAACGACACCAAUCCUACAGAUCCGAGCGGGAUCAGCUGAAGGGGGGAGGGAAGGAAGGGAAGGGAAGGGGUUGCCCCCUGCGCCGCGGCUGCAGGUGGGGGCUCUGCCGGCUUGGGAGAGACCCGAAGAGGGAAAGUUUCUGGGCUCUUCUCUUCCCCCCUUCCUUCCUUCCUUUUUUUUUUUUUUUUUUUUUUCCUCCUUUUUUCCCCCUUUUCCACUUGCCUGGCGGCACCAUGACGGCGUCUCCCGACUACCUGGUGAUCCUCUUUGUGACCACGGCGGGCACCAACGGGGCCAGGCUGGGCUCGGAUGAGCGGGAGCUGCUCCAGCUCCUGUGGAAAGUGGUCGACCUGAGGACGAAGGAGCUGGGGUGCCCUCACGACGUGCUGGUCAGGCCCGACCACCCGGAGCUGACUGCCGAGUGCCAGGAGGUCACCAAGGUGGACGUGGAGAGCCUGGCGCUGGCUCCACCGCUGGAGCAGGCGUUGAGACAGUUUAAUCAGUCCGUGAGCAAUGAGCUGAACAUUGGUGUGGGUACUUCCUUCUGUUUCUGUACUGAUGGGCAGCUGCACAUUAGGCAGGUUCUGCAUCCUGAAGCUUCCAAAAAGAAUAUCUUACUGCCUGAAUGCUUCUACUCCUUUUUUGACUUGCGGAAAGAGUUCAAGAAGUGUUGCCCUGGCUCACCCGAUAUUGGCAAGCUGGAUGUUGCGGCCAUGACAGAAUAUUUAAAUCUUGACAAGAACAGUUCAGCGCUUCCCUAUGGAGCCUCUCAAGUUGAAGAUAUGGGGAAGAUUAUUUUAACACUAAUAUCUGAACCAUACAAUCACAAGUUCUCAGAUCCGGAAAGAGUGAACUACAAAUUUGAAAGUGGGCCUUGCAGCAAGAUGGAGCUUGUGGAUGACAAUGCUGUCAUUCGAGCAAGAGGACUACCUUGGCAGUCGUCUGACCAGGACAUAGCGAGGUUCUUCAAAGGCUUAAACAUUGCCAAGGGAGGUGCUGCACUCUGCCUCAACGCCCAGGGCCGGAGGAAUGGGGAGGCUCUCGUGAGGUUUGUAAGUGAAGAGCACAGAGAUCUAGCGCUGCAGAGACACAAGCAUCAUAUGGGGAAUCGCUACAUUGAGGUAUACAAGGCAACAGGUGAAGACUUCCUUAAAAUUGCAGGAGGCACUUCCAACGAGGUUGCACAGUUCCUAUCGAAAGAAAACCAAGUGAUUGUCAGGAUGCGAGGCCUUCCUUUCAACGUGACGACGGAAGAAGUGCUGACGUUCUUUGGCCAGCACUGCCCUGUAACAGGAGGGAAGGAGGGAGUCCUAUUCGUCACCUACCCUGACAGCCGGCCAACGGGGGAUGCCUUUGUGCUGUUUGCUUGCGAGGAGUACGCGCAGAACGCGCUGAAAAAGCAUAAGGACUUGCUGGGAAAAAGGUACAUUGAACUCUUCAGGAGCACUGCAGCAGAAGUUCAGCAGGUGCUGAACAGGUACUCUUCCACGCCUCUCAUUCCUCUCCCAACGCCUCCUAUUCUUCCAGUAUUACCUCAGCAGUUCGUGCCUCCCACUAACGUCAGAGACUGCAUACGCUUGCGUGGCCUUCCCUAUGCUGCCACUAUUGAGGAUAUCCUGGAGUUCUUGGGGGAGUUUUCUACAGAUAUUCGGACCCACGGCGUCCACAUGGUGCUGAAUCACCAGGGACGUCCAUCGGGAGAUGCUUUUAUUCAGAUGAAAUCUGCAGACCGAGCUUUUCUGGCUGCACAGAAGUGUCACAAGAAGACAAUGAAGGACAGAUAUGUUGAAGUCUUUCAGUGUUCUGCUGAGGAGAUUAACUUUGUAUUAAUGGGGGGCACUUUAAAUCGAAAUGGCUUGUCCCCACCACCAUGCCUUUCACCCCCUUCCUACUCCUUCCCGACUCCUGCAGCAGUUGUGCCAACAGAAGCAGCUCUGUACCAGCCAUCCAUGCUCCUGAACCCACGAACACUCCAGCCCUCCACGGCGUACUACCCUGCUGGGGCCCAGCUCUUCAUGAACUACACAGCCUACUACCCCAGGUAAAGCAGAAGAGAAAACCAAGCAGGAACAAAGAAAUCUUCUUGCAGCAAAUGCACAAAGCUCACCAAAGAACGUUGUCUGUCAUGCUAAAGGCUUGUGCUACAAAGAACAGCUUGUUCAGUAUCUUGUUCAGGGAAACAAUUCCAGGAUAUCUAGGGAUUUCCCAAGUUUUAGACUAUUUCAGGUAGUGAUGAUUAUUUUUUUUUUAAACAAGUUGCACGGUUACAGUGGGAAUUCUGUGGUUUUGUUUUUCUCUCACAUGCCUCUUCAACUCGUUAGGUUGCAUCAUUGUGCCCUUGGUAGGAAUUGAUUAUGGACACUCCUACCUGGGUCCACAAAGACACCUUUGGCCCCCUUUCAGAAGGGGUGGAUUGGGGUCUUGCCUUAUAACGUUUCCUGAAAUCCUGCCUCUUUGUUUUUUUUUUGGUUUUUUUUUUUUUUUUGUAAUAAAGUAACAUUUGACCUUUACGGUGAAAAUUCUGUUUACUUAUUUAUGAAAAUAUUGCAUUGAAGCAUAUGCGUAUUGGAUGCAUAUGUGAAACACGUGCCUUGGAGCAUAUGUUCUCCCUGACCUCAUGAACACCUCUUGUGAAAGGCUCUCCUGCACAAACUACCCGUCUUCUGCAGAACAAAGACUCUUCGUACCUCUUGUUCUCUGCAGUCAUGAGGCCUUGGAAAGAGCCACGUUCCCUACAAGCCAUAAACUGCUCCUCAGCUGUCAGGGGAACUGAGAAAAGAACCCCAAGUUUUCAAUCAGGUUCAGGCGAGAGCUUUUUAUCUCUGGAGAAGGGUCCAAAUAGCUACUUUUGGAGUUGUUGAGCAGUACGGACUCUGUAGCACCUGUAAGAUAACCAAAGUUUUCUAACUACUCUAACUAAACUAAACCAUUAUGUCUGUGAGCUGCCUGUUUUUUUCAUUAAAAUGUGUUUUUCACUCAAAGUUAAUUUCUAUAAUGCUUUCAUGUGUCUUAUGGUUAUGACAUGUUACCAAACUCAGCCUCUUUCAUGUAAGAUCAAAAAAAUAAAAUAAAAUUCCAGAACUUGCACUGGCAACAUACAA